AUGACUGGUUUAAGUGAAUCCUUUUUACAGCUAACAAUGCUGGGAGACGGCAGCCCAAAUGAAGAUGUCUUACAAUUGUUGAUGUAUUCCAACUUUCGUGAACAACUGAGUGAAUCUGCACAGGAGCUGCACAACAUAACGGACAGGAUUCUUGUCCAUCGGGCGUCAAGAUCAGUAACUUCGAUAGAAGCUCACGGUCUUAUUUUACCACUGAUGGCGAUGUUGAUAGAGAGCAGGGAAAGGGCAAAAAGAAUCUAUAGAGAUGCAUUAUCAUCAAGAAUGAGUACUACCACCGAUUGGAAUAUUGAUCCGCUGUGUGACGAAGUGCAUGAGGAAUUAAUAAGGACUAAUGAUUUGUUAAAACUGUACCCAAGAAGGGAGUCAUUGUGGUAA